AUGUCGUCGACUCUACUUCCCCCGGAUCUGCGCGUGCUCUGUCGGAAACUCACCUCAGUCCCUCCGCAGCAACUGCCUCAUGCGCUGCCCUCCCUCGUCAGCCAUGUAGUCCGAUGCAGGCAUGCAUUGUCGACGCCUGCAGACGGCAAGGCCAAGGGCGAGGCGGCGGAAAGCGCACAGCUGGUCAACAAGCUCAAGACCAGCAUCACGACACUCGUCAACAGUCGCACCCGCGAGGCUCGCUUCGCUGCCAUUGCCCUCAUCAAAUCCGCCGUCGAUGUGGGGGGGUGGGAGGUCCUGCGCGGCUGUGAGCCUUGGGUGCGUGGUCUCCUGUCCAUCGUCCAAAAGGGCGAUCCUGUCGCGUCCAAGGAACUGGCCAUUGUCACUCUUACGAGGAUCUAUGCGCUUCUGCAGCCCUACCAGACCCUCGUCCGCGAGAUUGCGACGCCCACCAUUCCAGCCUUCGCCACGGCAUGUGUGCAGCUCAUCAAGGUACCUGCGACGGGCGCGGUGACGUCCACUCCACUCAGUGUCGUCGAGACUAUUUGCGAUGCAUUCUCAACCCUUAUUCCUCUGUACCCAGCCACAUUCCGACCGUCCAGCAACCAGACAUUGACCGCCAUCCGGCCGUUCCUUGCGCCGACAGAGACCGACGACUUCAGCGUGCCGCAGUCCCUUCAAGAGUCUGCGAGGCGCCUGGCUGCCACGCAGCACCAUGUGGCAGCCAAGUCGGGCGGGAGUGAAGAGUGGGCCAAGCUGCUGGAUGGCAUCGUCAGUAACAUCCAUGACACGGCCGACCAUGUCCUGCGUGCUGUGGACGAGUCCUGGGAGCCAACCUCAGGAAACCCUCGCCCCAAGGUGCCAAUCGAUGGGCCCAUGACUACUGGCGGCGCCAAGACAGACGACUAUCCUUCAUGGUCAGGAGUACAUGCAGGCUCGCAGCGGCUCGUUGGGCUCUUCGACUUUCUCUCAACCUGCUUGCGCCACUCCACCAAAGGCGCCGUUGCUGUGCCAUUGACAAAGCUCACAGAUACAGUCACGCGUGUGUGCGCGGUCGCCAGGCUGUCUCCCAAGUCAAGCUGGGACCAGGCCUUGCAGACCAAGGCUGCAAUCGGGAGAGACGAAAAGGAAGACCUCUGGAGCGUCAUACCGGACGUGCACAUGGCUGCGUUACGCCUCAUACAGGCACUCUUCCAGCGGCUGGGAGAUGACAUGACUCCCUACGUAUCAGACUUGUCCGACACGAUUCUGCGCGUCUUCAACUCGGCCAUCAGCAUACCCGCUAUCCGCUCGACAAGUUACGCUACGCUCCACGACCUCUUGGUGCUUACAGGGCCAGCAUUGCCCAAGACCACUGUCGAUAUGCUGCAGCCUGUCAUUGGAGCGACUUGCCGCGAUUUGCAAGAGGACGCUGGUUAUCUUAAGCAGCCCAAGAAUACAGCCAGUGCGGGAGACGGCAAGAAGAAUGGCCUGGCCGCCAACGCCGACCUCUUCCUCCAGAAGCCAGAGGCGACAGCCGAACAGAAAGCGGUGCCUCUGGAGGCUGGUCACAAGGUCGCUGCUUCGACACUGCUCACUACUCUGCUGACUCGCCUACCGCAAAAGCACCUCAAGCCGAGUCACCGGAGUCUUCUUGAUCAAACGGCCAUCCUGACGUCCAAUCGCGGAGCCAUGGUGGCCAGCGUGUUGAACCCAUAUGUCGACACGCGUGGGAGGAAAUAUCCCAGCAUACUGCCUCACUUGACGCAGCAGUUUCCCCAGGACCAGACGCUCGAGAUACUCAGGACCAAUCUGCGCCCUGAGGCAGGUCGAGCCUCGGGGAUUGAAGAGGAUCGAGAGAUGAAUGAGGAUGAGCACGACGAGGACGACGAGAGCGAGGACGAGGCGGCGGACGACGAGAGAGAAGACCACGAGAUGGGCGACGCAGAGACCCAGGCAGCCGCACCACUACAACCCGGGACCUUGCCUGCCGCCCCCCAGCUCGAUCUGCCGAAGCCGAACAACCCAUUCGAGGUGAACGAUGAUGAGACGACUACAGUCUAUGGCGGAUUCGGAAACGUUCGUCCUAGAGAAAGCUCGCCGCCCAAGCGCAAGCAUCAGGGUGCAGAGGUCACAUCGCCAAAGCGUCAAGAGCUGGAGACGCCAGCUCCGAAUCUGGCGCAGCCCCAAGCCGGAGUCUCCACGAUGGCGGUCGAUGAGGACAGCGACAGCGGCGAGAGCGCGCAUCUACAAAUCGACCUAGAUGACGACAGUGAUGACGAGUAA